UAAACUGAAUUUACGUUUUUGCCCCCACCGUCGUCUUCCUCAAGAAACUCUUCGUCGCUGUUUCACAGACAGCGCUGAAAAUGAUUCCUGUGAUUCUCCUCCUCUUCUUAACUUCACUAGCGUACGUCUUUUUCCACUUCCUUCGAAAAACCGUAUGGAUACCGAUCCAAAUCCAGCGGCACUUCGAGAACCAGGGCGUUCGAGGGCCCGGCUACCGCCCAAUCUUCGGGAACACGGCCGAGCUCCGGCGGCGGCUGAUUUCCGAUGCGGAGAAGCAUCCGAUCUCUGGAAUUACACACGACAUAGCUCACCGUGUCAUUCCGCACUAUUUCCACUGGUCAACGCUCUAUGGGAAGAAUUUCCUCUAUUGGUUUGGGGCUACCCCCCGACUGGCUGUGGCCGACCCCGACAUGAUCAAGGAGAUUUUGAUCAGUAACCAUGCCGCAUAUCAAAAGAUUAAAUUCAAUCCUUCUUCGAAACUGCUCUUCGGCGAAGGACUCGUAGGAUUGGACGGCGAGAAAUGGGCCGUUCAUCGCCGGAUUGCUGCUCAGGCCUUCAACAUGGAGAGGGUCAAGGGCUGGAUUCCUGAAAUUGUGGCGAGCACAGACAAGAUGCUGAACAAAUGGGACGAAGAUGGAAGAGGGAAAAGCAAGUUAGAGGUGGAAGUGAACAAAGAGCUUCACCAGCUCGCCGCUGACGUCAUUUCCCGGUCAGCAUUCGGAAGCUGUUUCGAGGAAGGGAAGAGCAUAUUCGAUCUACAAGAACAGCAAAUCAGACUUGUCCUGCAAGCAAUAAGAAGUGUGUACAUUCCAGGAUUCAGGUUCUUGCCGACGAAGAAGAAUAGAAUGAGGAGGAAACUAGAUCAAGAAAGCCGAAGAUCGAUAACGAAUUUGGUCGAGAGGAGCGGCGAAAGCUUGGAAAAUUCGAGAUCGUUACUCGCAAUGUUGAUGUCACCGUAUAAGAACGAUGGCGGGAAAGAGGAGAGGCUGGAUGUCGACGAAAUCGUAGAUGAAUGCAAGACGUUCUACUUUGCGGGAAAGGACACGACGGCGAAUUUCCUUACGUGGGCGCUUCUACUCUUGGCUAAUCAUCGAGAGUGGCAGGCGCGGGCGCGCGAAGAAGUCCUCGUCAGUUGCGGGGACAAUGCACGUCCGACUGCCGACAAUUUGCCCGAUUUCAAGCUUGUGAGCAUGAUUUUGAAUGAGACGCUUCGUCUAUAUCCUCCGGCGGUCCAUCUGUCAAGAGAAGCAUCGCAAAAUGUAAAAUUGGGGAACCUCGACGUACCAUCUGGUACGCAGUUCUAUAUCGCGAUGACUGCCGUACAUCGGGAUCCCGAGAUAUGGGGGGACGAUGCGAAUGAGUUCAACCCUAUGAGAUUCGCCAAACCUCGUAGUAAUCAUAUGGCGUCGUAUUUCCCAUUCGGUUUAGGUCAUCGAGUGUGUGUUGGUCAGAAUUUAGCUAUGGUCGAGGCUAAAAUUGUUCUUGCGAUGAUUCUUCUACGAUACUCGUUUGUGAUCUCCCCGUCAUACGUUCAUGCACCCAUGCAAGCCAUGACGAUGCAACCGCAAUUCGGUGUACAACUUCUCUUCGAAAGGAUGUCGCAGUAGAGACACCGGAGAUUCUCUUGAACGCGGUUUCGCUACAUUGUAAUGUUUUAGUUGCGAUCUUUUUAACCGAUGUAACUUCGCUUCGUAGAUAUCUUGUUUUCCAUGGCUAUUAACGAGUUUUCGUCUACCAUAGUUUAAAUCUUGUGUUUUUUGAAUUCAAUAUGAAUUAUUUCAGCUAUCAAUCAAAUUAACGAGGGACCUCUCCGCUUCUUGUAGCCUCUGGGGUAUACAAUGGCCGGAAUUU